UUAGACAAGAAAACAAAUGUCUUACGAUCCCCUUGUUAGGGUUUUCUUAUCUCAGAAACUCCUAAAACACUGGAGAACAAAUCAUAACCAAGUACUAAUCCCUUUCACAAAUUAACAAAAAAUUAUAAGUUUUUGACUUCCAACUACAAAAGCCCCUAUAAUUCCAUAUCCAUUCCAAAUUUCAACUUUUCCCCAAAACCCUCUAGCCCAGUAGGUCCCUUUUUUGAGUUAGGGUUUCUUUUUUUGCCUGUGAAAGUACUAAAGGAAGGAUUUUCUGCACUACAUUGCAUCUGGGUAUGGAAGAUUUGGACAAAAGCAAGCUUUUUUGUGGUGGGAUUCCGAGAGAUACGAGUGAGGAGAUGCUUAGGGACCAUUUUUUUAAGUAUGGAACUGUGGUUAGCUCUGUUAUUGCUAAGGAUCGUGAAACUGGUAGACCAAGAGGGUUCGCUUUUGUUACCUUUUCUGACCCCUCUGCAGUUGAUUUAGCCCUACAAGAUACCCAUGAAAUUCUUGGAAGAAUGGUAGAGGUGAAAAAGGCAAUACCUAGGAGUGAACAACAUCAAAAUCAACAACAGAAGAAUAGUAUAGGUUUGAAUAGAAAUAGUAGAACUGAUGGUAGAGGCAAUGAUCAGUUUAGGACCAAGAAGAUUUUUGUAGGGGGUUUAUCAGCUAACUUAAAUCAGGAAGAUUUCAAGAGUUACUUUGAAAGGUUUGGUAGGAUUACAGAUGUUGUUGUGAUGCAUGAUAAUGUUACGCAUAGGCCAAGGGGAUUUGGUUUUAUUACAUUUGAUUCGGAGGACGCAGUUGAGGAGGUUAUGCAGGAGUCUUUCCAUGAACUAAGUGGCAAGUUUGUGGAGGUCAAGAAGGCUAUACCAAAAGAUGGAAAUAACAAUAGUGGUAAUGGUUAUUAUUCUAGAAUAGGUAAUGGAAAUGGUUCUAACUAUAACAACACUUAUCAGCAGGGAAUGUAUCCAUCUUACAGUCCUAGAUAUGUAUAUUGUCCUGGGCCUGUCUCAGGUUAUGGCAGUGUGGCGGAAUAUCCUUAUGGAGUUGGAACUUUCGGAGGUGGUUAUCCUGUUGGAGCAUACCCUGGAAUUGGUUAUGGUAUCACUUCUUUGAUGCCUAGGGGUCCAUGGAAUAACCCUACAAUGACUGGUUUUAGAGGAAGCCCACUGUCUUAUGGCAAUACAGGAGCUGUUUAUCCCGCCUACAUGAAUGGUGGCAUCGGAGUAAUUAACAUAGCUGCUAAUGGAUAUGGAGGAACUUUGGGUGCGGGGAUAAAUGAGAAACCUGGUCAAGUUAGUGUUAGAGAUGCUCAAGGGGUGUCUGAUUAGGCGCCAAUACAAUUUAGAUGGGAACUGUAGAUAUCAAUUCUUUUAUUCUGCUGGAAGCUUCAAUGCUGCUGCUACCAAACAGAGUGAAGAGGUAAUGCGGUGCGACUUAACCCUUACUAUGCUGGCAAUUCUAACCGACUGCUUUGCGAUUGAAUGUGAAUAUGAUGACAAGUUAGUACUUCUCCUACUGAUCAAUUGAGGUUGUCUUCCGUCUUUAACUUAUGACUCUUGCGUGUGAUUUGCCUUUUCUUUUCUGAACUCAUUUGCCCAGUUUCAGACAGCUGUAAUAUAAUCUUUCGAAGUUAAUAUUUUUCGUGUGUUGCCUCA